GUUGUGAAAGUAAAGCCUGGCUACGCACGUAAUUUUCUUUUUCCACAAAGGAAAGCAGUGUAAGCAACCAAGGAAAGCAUAGCAAAACUGGAGGAGCAGCGUUCCUUUCUAGAAGAGGAAAAUAUAAGAAAAUUGAAUUUGGCAAGUGAGCUAGCAGCUUCUCUUGCUGGUAAGUUUGUAAUAUUGGUAAAGCAAGCUUCUGAGGAUAGUAGCUUUCACGCAAGAAUAACACUACAAGAU